GCUGCUCAAUUGAUGGGCGUCCUGAGCUUGGAGCGGCUACGUGUACGUCUUUUGUUGUAACUAAACAAAACCGCGUUACGUGUAGUUUGUAGAGGUUAUCACUGCAGCUUCCGCCCCCCCACCGAGAGCGUUUCCUGGCUGCAGCGGCUUGACGACGGCAUCUGCUUUAUGACAUUUAAUCAUGAAGAGGCGCUAGGAUUCUACCACGGCUAUGAAUCCUCUUUUUUUACGCUCAACUGUUAAUCAUAUUGUCAUCUUGAGGAACAAGUAGCCUACUUUUGCAGAAAUGGGUGAAAUGCACCUGCUGUGGAAUAUCGGACUCCACGUCCACCGUGGAUUCUAAAUGGAGGAAUACGAUUAUUGCAUUGGCUUGAAACGCGAUGGCACAUGCCUUGUUGUCGUGGUGCAUGUGUGGAGUGCUUAGCUCGGAACCGGGCGUGAUGACAGCCGAGUGCCCCUCCUCUCCCGGGACUUGAAUAAAAAGGCGCUCCCACACUCCAGCCUCACUUUUCACAAGCUGCCCACUCAAGAUGGAGCUGUGACAUGUUGACGUCUCCUCAUCUGGCUCAUCUGCUUACCUCUACUCCUAGCGUGGGACGUCGAAGUGUCCAACGCGGAUGAUCCCGACGGGGGGGAUUUGUGUAGAUUAUCGCCAGACUGCUAUUUUGUGCCCUCUUAAGUGAAUUUAGCGGCUUUUGACCAGCUCGUUUGCAACAUGAGAGCCACAGCCACAUGUCACCCCAAAGUGGUGUCACCUGCAGGUGAACCAGUCCACGCUAUUGUUUCCACGAUGCAAGCAGAAGUGGUCCACCAAGCGUAGACCCCGAGGACAAACCCACCCGGACGCCUCAACCCCUGCACUCACUCCGGAUACGUUCUGACUCUCACUCGGGCCGCCAACGGAGGAUGUUGGAGUCAGGAUGCUGCGCUUCCCCGUGAAGAAGAUCCGGAAGCAGUUUAAGCUGCUGCUGCUUUUAGUGCUGCUCACCUCGGCCGUCUGGUUUACCUACCUGCACAUACACCAGGGAAAGACCAUCAAACUCCACUUUAACUACGGAAAAGAUGGAGAAAGACAGACGGAGGGAACAGACACCAGCCGCAAGAGGGACACUCGCUCAUCAGCCAGCCAUCACAAGAAUGAGGACACCAGCGACAGCAGGGAGGACGAGGCGGCGGAAGAUGAGCCGAUCGCAGGAGUGCCCAACAGCAGAGACCACGCCCACAUCAGCAAGUUUCUUACUGAGCACCAUAAGAAAUUGCCAUGGAAACCAGAGUAUAAGGGCCAGGCCAACCUCCACGUGUUUGAGGACUGGUGUGGCUCCUCGAUCGCCCAACUCAGAAAAAACCUGCACUUUCCCCUCUAUCCUCAUACCAGGACGACAGUGAAGAAGCUGGCCGUUGCUCCAAAGUGGAAGAAUUAUGGUCUGAGAAUCUUUGGAUUCCUUCACCCUUACAGAGAUGGGGAUUUCCAGUUCUCUGUAUCAUCUGAUGAUAAUUCAGAGUUCUGGUUGAGUCCUGAUGAGAGUCCCCUCAACGCCCGGAUGCUGGUCUUUGUGGGACAGCUGGGUACAGAAUGGACCGCUCCGGGCGAGUUCAGCAAGUUCAGGUCCCAGUCCUCCAAGUCUGUGCACCUGAUGUCAUCCAGACGAUACUACUUUGAGAUUCUGCACAAGCAGGAUGACAAGGGUUCGGAUCACGUGGAGGUUGGGUGGCGUCCAUUCCUACCUGGUCUGAAAUACGAAGUCAUAGACUCUGCCUACAUUUCACUGUAUGCAGACGAGUCCAGUCUCAAGAUGAACAGUAUAGGUCACAUCCCUCAAACCUUCGCCAGUCACGUCCGUCUCCCAGAAGAGUCUCUACCCUGGAAGGUGGAAGGAGGUGGCAUCCCACAGCACGGAGCGGACAUGCUAAAGCCAGACCCAAGGGACACCUUCUAUAACACUCCCAUGAUCGACCCCUCCCGCCUGGAAAAUGUUCUGCCUGCCUGUCUUUACUCUCCCACCUAUGUCGUCAAAGAUUUCCCCAUUGCCAGAUACCAGGGCCUGCAGUUUGUGUAUCUGUCUUUCGUCUACCCAAACGACUUCACGCGGCUCACACACAUGGAGCGAGAAAACAAGUGUUUCUACAGAGAGUCCCCGAUCUACUUAGAGAAAUUUGGUUUCUACAAAUACAUGAAGAUGGAUGAGGAGGAAGAUGAUCGGCCGUUCUUCUUCACCAACCCCGAUGAUUUCCUUGAGGAGGAGGAGAUGGUGGAUCCUGAGGACGAGGCAGAGAUUGUUGGCACACCGACGCCCAAAAAGCCUCCUCACUUUGGUCAGACGAGCCACGCCUCAAAACCCUUCCAUCAGCAACGUCAACCUGGGCCUACGUUUGUGGGCAAGGAAGGACAAGAUGAAGAAGAGGAGCCUGACGAGAAAGAAGAGGAAGGAAUCGAUAGCAUAGCACAACACAGAGAGAGGCUACACUUUCCUUACAGAGAUGAGGCGACUGAAAGGGACAGACACUGGCAAAGAACUCAUACAAGGACUAACAGUAGUCAUGACACCAGAGAGGGGUUGCCAAAACGCCAAUCUAGGAUGCAUUACCCUGACAUAAAUAGCGCUAUCCCGGGACGCUCGCUAUCCUGGAUCCGUAACAGUCCUGCACAGCUCAGCCCAAACAGAAAAGAUGGAGGACUGGGAGGAGGAGGGAAAGAAGUUGAGGCUCCACCUAAACUGACCAGAUCUUCUCUCCUUUUCCCCAAAAAGUCCUCCAUCCCCGCCCUUACUAGUCGUGCCAAACAGAUCCUGACCAACUCUGCCCACAGCCACAAUGUCCAGGACAAUAACAGUAAACUUGCUGGAAACAAGAAGGAGAAGAAGGAUGAGAACAAGAUCUACAUCACCAGGCCUCGGCCCAACAGGGAACGAGAGAAGGAGAGGGAGCAGCGUCGAGAGAGGAGGGAAGAGCGGGCAUCUCGCCACCCAAGAGAGAUAUUUCCUGGAGUUUUUCUUUACCAAACAGGAAAGACCACCAGAUUGGUCAAACUUGGAGCCCAAGGAAAUGUUGGGGGAGUUAAAAUUGGUAGAAGUCCAGUUAGCGCCCCUCGACUUUGGCCCAAUCGCUCCAUGAAAGAGGGCAAGGCAUCUCUUCACAAUGGAAGCAUCAGUAUCCAAAAUGGAAGCAUUCAAAAGUCAAUCAACAGAGCAACAGAUGUAAAAAAGUUGAAUGAAAGUCACAGUAAAGGGGACACCCACCCUUUAAAGAUUAAUGUCACAACUACUCCUCUCCGCAAAGGUGAGUCUUUAAGCCCACUGGCUCAUCACCAAGACUCCGCUCCACCUUCACCUCAUUGGUUGAAUUCCACUGAAAACCUGCAAGGUCAAAAGCGGGUUACCUCUUAUCUCAGGACCACUGAGAUAACAGAAUUGCAGCCAGACCCCAACCUGGAAGAGCCGGAUCAGGACACAAAUCGCUCUAACCCCGACCCAGAGCCAGAACUGGAGGAAGGCGAGAUGUCGGACUACAGUUACGAGGAAGUGGAGGCUCGGCCGGGCUGGGCAGAGGAGAGCAUCAACUGGCAGAGGACCUUCUCCGUGAAUCCGAUGGACUUUGAGCUGCUGCGCUCUGACUGGAAUGACCUGCGCUGCAAUGUGUCUGGUAACCUCCAGCUGGCAGAGAGUGAGGUGGUGGAUGUCUUGGCACAGUACAUGGAGAAGCUGAAUGAACGCAAUGGAGGGAUUUAUACAUUGUUGCGAAUCAUCAAUGUGGAGAAGCGUCGUGACUCUGCCAGAGGAAACCGCUAUCUGGUGGAACUGGAGCUAAUGGAGCGAGGCCGCAGUGUAGUGCGUCUGUCUGAAUACGUUUAUCUGCUACUGCACCGGGGGAGGCAAGUAGACGAAAGCCUAGAGAACUCUGAGACUGCCCCGGCUUCAGGACCUUCUGCUGCUACCUCCAACCUCAGCGCUUCAUCACACUCGCCACCGACCAGGUCCCCGUCACGACCCGCAGCCACACCGUGGAGCACAGCCUAUGCCAAACCUCUGCUCUGCCAGCCAGUCAUGCUGCAAUGGAGGAAAGAUGUUAUGGUGCACUUUGUGGUACCAGUGAAGAACCAAGCUCGCUGGAUCCAGCAGUUCAUUUCAGACAUGGAGAAUCUCCACCAUCAGACCAAGGAUGACAACUUCAGCAUCAUCAUUGUUGACUUUGACAGCGAUGACAUGGAUGUGGAGCAGGCACUUAGAGACAGCAGCGUGCCGAGAUAUGAGUACCUUAGGAGAGAAGGGAACUUUGAGCGCUCAGCAGGACUGCAGAUUGGAGUGGACACCAUUGAGGAUAGCCACAGUAUCGUGUUCCUGUGUGACCUCCACAUCCAUUUCCCUCUCAACAUCUUGGAGAGCAUCAGGAAGCACUGCGUGGAGGGACGCCUUGCUUUCGCUCCCAUUGUCAUGAGACUCGGCUGUGGCAGCUCGCCUCUGGAGCCUGACGGGUACUGGGAGGUAAACGGAUUCGGGCUGUUUGGUAUUUACAAGUCUGAUUUUGAUAAAAUUGGAGGAAUGAACACAGAAGAAUUCAAAGACCGCUGGGGUGGAGAAGACUGGGAGCUCCUGGACAGGGUGCUCCAAAAUGGUUUGGAAGUAGAGAGACUACGCUUGCGGAACUUCUUUCACUACUACCACUCCAAACGUGGCAUGUGGAAUGCCCAAAACAAGAAGGCUCCUAAGGGAUAGUCUGACUCUUAAAUCUACCUGCAGAUCCGUCGUGUGUGUGUGUGUGUGUGUGUGUGUGUGUGUGUGUGUGUGUGUGUGUGUGUGCGUGCGUGCGUGUGUGUGUGCGUGCGUGAGUGAGAAAGAGCCAGUAGAGCUCACUCACUGCCUACCUAUUUUCAGGGAAGCCUCUGCUUUAGCAUCGGCCUCUCUUGUAGGCUCGUCUGUUUGAGGAAACAAAGUCUAAAUGUGAACGUUGGAAGCGAGCUGUUUACACAAAUAAUCAUGGGUGAACUGGAGUACUUUGGGGAAGAGAAAGGCGUUUUCUUCUCUUUCUCUCUACCCUUUACUAGUGCAAUGUUCUCAAAAGAACUGGAAAGCAGCUGUUUUGUGUGUUAGAGUGUGCACAUGUAUAUAUGUACAGUAUAUACUGUAAGUGUGUGUUGCUGGAGAUUAAGAUGAAAGAAAGCACCUUUUUUGUAAGAAAGAGAUGCGCACCUCAGAUUUUUUCUGGUAUGUUGGCACAAUUUGUAUCAUCAAGCUCCAAUACCGAGACGUAUAGUAGAUAAACGCAAAAUAUAUCAAAUAAUCAGCGAUGGGAAUUGGCCCGUAUGACAGAGGUGCUGAAGUAAUGAACCUUACAUACAUUACAUAUAGAUCCAGACAUCCAUUUUCAUUCGCUUAUCCUCACUAGGGUGCUGGAGCCUAUCCCAGCUGACUUUGGGCGAGAGGCGGCGUACACCCUGGACUGGUCACCAGCCAAUCACAGAUUACAUGUCGACUCUAUACUUCCUUACACAUCAAUCACCCUUAGGCACUCCAGCUUAUUUUCGUCUCUGUCUUUCCCAUUCUGUAUUCCGCGUCAUGUGCUUUUGUACAGUUGAAACUUUCUCUGAAGCCCUGCUGUUUUGGAACAGGAGUUUUACAGUCAUCUUGCCAUUAACUGCUGUUGUUUAUUUUGUUUGCAUGACUGCACUAACUGCUGUGUUUUGAUAUCUGAAACACUGAUUUGUGAACAGUUGACGCCUCUUAUUAGACGGACGCUCGCCUCCACAUUCCCUCCAGAUCUCUAACCUCAUUGUCAAGUGGAACACUACAGAGGGAAGUAGAGGUUAUUUUGAGCAGUUUGUGUCGCAAAUAUUGGCUACAUGGAAAUGAAAAGUUUUAUUUAUGUGCAUAUUACCUGAAACUCAAAUAGAAGUGAGAGCAUUUACUGUUUCUCACGUGUGUGCCUUCAUCAGGGUUGGGCUGCAGGUAGUUUUCAGACUGUGUUAUUAACAGAAGAACGGAAAAUAUUCAGUAGAAGUCUGUAAAGAAGAAGGAACUAUGGAUCUUUACCAUCGAUUACAGAUGUCUGAGUGCGUAUGCUUGUCGUAUCAACUCAAAGCAAAGAAGACUGGUAACUUUUGAAGAUUUAAGCUUGGUGUGGCAAACUAAAGGCCAGAGAGAAGAGAAAUGACUACUGAGCAGGACCAGAGGGUCUAACGCAGACUCUGCAGUCCAGCAGGACCCCACCAACUCCAAUCAGAUCGAAAGGAGGGGGGGCUCCUAAUGCUUCUCUUUAUACAACAUGGUAAGCAGGAACUUGUGGGUUGUAAUUAUACAUACAAUAUAUGGUUUAUAGUUAAUCAGGUGUUGACUAUAUGAUUGUUAAAUGCCCUCUUCUUUGCCUCUACCAGACAAAAGGUCUAUACUGUAAAAGGUCAUUUAACAGUCAUAAGAGAUUAUUUAAAGAGCAGCGUAAACUAUGAACUAGACUAGAUCUAUAUUGAAGAAGCAGAGCGGUGGUAAAUAGGAAUAUACACUCCAAGGUAAUUUCUGUGAAAUUGUUUUGUAGAGAAAAAGGUUAUAAGAAUGUACUUUAAUUUGUUUGUUUUUGCAUAUAAAAUUUGAUGCUUACGCCCA